AUGACUUACAAUCAAUUCCCGACAAAAUUCAUGUGGAAAGCACAAGAUCAUGAAUGGACUCCUAGGCAGCUUGGUUUUUCGAUAGGAAGGGUCCAUUUUGCUCCACCAGGUUCCAGCGAAAGGUUUUACCUGAGAACUCUCUUAAACUACAUCAAAGGUCCGACAUCUUUCGAUGACAUCAAGACAGUCGACAGUGUCAAAUACAAUACUUUCAAGGAAGCCUGCUACGCUAUGGGGUUACUGGAUGAUGACAAGGAGUUUAUAGACGCCAUAAUGGAAGCAGCUUGGUUUUUCGAUAGGAAGGGUCCAUUUUGCUCCACCAGGUUCCUGAGAACUCUCUUAAACUACAUCAAAGGUCCGACAUCUUUCGAUGACAUCAAGACAGUCGACAGUGUCAAAUACAAUACUUUCAAGGAAGCCUGCUACGCUAUGGGGUUACUGGAUGAUGACAAGGAGUUUAUAGACGCCAUAAUGGAAGCAAGUCUUUGGGGAACUGGCACUUAUUUACGUAGACUCUUUGCGGAACUUAUGGUAUCUGAUCAGUUUGCCAGACCAGAUGUUGUCUGGAAUUCUACAUCCGCAAAUUUACGUUUGACUGAUGAGCAGUUGAAGGCUUAUACAUUGGCCGAACUAGUAAUGUUGUUGCAGAGUGCUGGGAAGAGUUUGUCUGAUUUUCCUCCAAUGCCAAAGGCCGAUGCAUCGUUGGUCCCAGAUGUCGGGAGUAGAUUGAUUUAUGAUGAGAUGAACUAUAAUAGGUCUGUACUAGCUGCUGAACAUACCCGGUUGAUCUCGACCAUGACUUCAGAACAACAUAAUGUAUAUGAUACAAUCAUUACAAGAGUCAGGGAAGACAAGCCUGGUUUUUUUUUCCUAUACGGUUAUGGUGGUACGGGGAAGACAUUUAUUUGGAGAGAUUUGUCAGCUGCUUUAAGGUCUGAUGGUGAGAUUGUUUUAGCAUGUGCAUCGAGUGGGAUUGCUGCCUUGCUUAUACCCGGUGGAAGAACUGCACAUUCGAGAUUCAGUAUCCCUUUUAUAAUCGAUGAGACCUCAAUGUGUGGAGUUACCCCAAAUACACCGUUGGCAUCGCUGGUGAUUAAGGCUAAACUUAUCAUAUGGGAUGAAGCGCCAAUGAUGCACAAACAUUGUUUAGAAGCACUCGAUAGAUCCUUGAGAGAUGUUCUAAAGACCGUAGAUGAAAGAAACAAGGACAUACCGUUUGGUGGUAAGGUUGUUGUCUUAGGUGGAGAUUUUAGACAGAUAUUACCAGUCAUACCCAAAGCUCCCAGGCCAGAGAUUGUCUAUGCUUCAAUUUACUCAUCUGAUUUAUGGAGGUACUGUGAAGUCCUUACGCUUACAAAAAAUAUGAGGGUUCUAAGCGGCGCAUCUGAAGCUGACAUUGAAGAGAGGAAGUUGUUUUCUGACUGGGUUUUAAGAGUUGGGGAUGGUACAAUUGGGGAAAUCAAUGAUGUCGACAUAUCCGUUGAAAUCCCGUCUAACUUGCUUAUUCCAAGUUCAGGUAAUCCUAUUGCAUCUAUUGUUCAAAGCACUUACACAAAUUUGUUAGGACACAUUGGUAAAGCAGAAUAUUUUCAAAGCAGAGCAAUAUUGGCACCAAAGAAUACAAUUGUUGAUCAGGUUAAUGAUUAUGUGUUAGACUUGAUUCCUGGUGAGGAAAAAAUUUAUUUGAGUUAUGAUACACCUUAUCAUAAAAACCUAGGCGGUGACGCAGUGGACGACAUCCACACGCCUGAAUUUCUCAACACCAUUGUUGCCUCCGAAUUACCAAAUCAUAGGAUUCGAUUGAAAGUGGGAGUACCUGUGAUGUUAUUGAGGACAAUAGAUCAAAAUUUGGGCUUAUGUAACGGUACAAGAUUGAUUAUUACAAAGAUGGGUAAAUUUGUGCUCGAGGCAGAGGUAAUAUCUGGAUCUAAUAUAGGUGAAAAGGUGUUUAUUCCAAGAUUAUCGCUACAGCUGUCUGAUACUAGAAUUCCGUUCAAGUUUAAACGAAGGCAGUUUCUGUUGUCUGUCUCAUUUGCAAUGACUAUUAACAAGAGUCAGGGUCAGUCUUUGAAAAAUGUUGGUGUCUAUCUACCAUCUCCUGUUUUUUCACAUGAACAAUUGUACAUCGCAAUAUCGAGGGUUACUUCAAGGGAUGGUUUAAAGAUGUUGAUCAAUGACGAGGACGACCAAGAUACUGAUGUGACAUCAAAUGUGGUCUAG